GUGCGAGCUCGUGUGUGAGAUUGCGGAUUGGAGGGCGUCUGAGAAUGUGAGGCUCGAGAAUUCGUUCGCAUGACGGAGAACGCGACCGUGCAAGUCCACGGUCUGAUCGCGCGGUAGGCAGAUUUCGCUCCCUGGGGGGGGCGUCGAGCAUGGCGCAGGCACUGAGCGCGGCCGGCAUUCGGAUUCCCUCGGGGCCAGGAUUUCGAGAGAAUUGCAGCGAUGGGGGAGUGUCUUGCAGCUCGCCGGGGUUCUCGUCGAGGGAUUGCUUCGUGCGGGUGACGAAGACGACGAGGGGACGAGCGCGAGGGUGCAGACUGAGUGUGAGAGCGAAUGCGAGCGUGGAGGGAGUGGCGGGGGUGGCGGGGGUGGUGGCAGAAGGGAUUCAGCAGGCGCUGCAGGAUGGGGAGGGCAAUGUGAUGCUGGGGCAGUCGCUGAUGGAAUUGGAGCCCGUGGCGGACGUGUACGGGGCGCUGGCCAGCUUGCCGGGCGAGCAGCGGACGGGGCUGUUGAUCGCGGGCGCGAUCGGGUUCGUGUACUUGACGGCGCGGCCGGGAGUGCUGCUGGGCGCCGUGGAUGCGUACGUGCUGGCGCCGCUGCAAUUGUUGUGGGACUCGGUGCAAGGGCGAAGGAGCUGGAAAUGCAGCAACUUCCUGCUGGAGAAUCGCGUCGGAGAGGGCUCGUUCGGCGCCGUGUACGCCGGCGUGCUGCUGCCGCGCAAUGUGGAGGCGGCUCGCCGGGAGGUGGGCAAGCGCGCGCUCAAGGUCGAGGAGCUCGAGGGCUCGUCCAAGUUCGAGAAGGUGAUUCUGAAGAAGGUGAAGGUCGGAGUGGAGGGCGCGGAGGAAUGCGGCGAGAUGGAGGAUUGGUUCAAUUACAGGUUGCGCCGGGCCGCCCCGGACGUGUGCGCCACCUACUUGGGCAGCUUCGUGGCCGACAGCACGUACGGGCAGUUCGUGGAAGGCGGCAAGUGGCUGAUUUUCAAGUACGAGGGUGAAUCGACGCUGGCCGAUUACAUGAGGCUGCAGAGUUUUCCCGAGAAUUUGGAGGAGGUGAUGAGCGAUCGGAAGAUCAAGAACGAGAAGGAGCCUCUUCGGCUCCGAGCUCUGAUCAUCAAGAAGGUCGUGUACCAGGUGAUCAAAUCGCUGAAUAAAAUCCACUCCACGGGCAUCGUUCACCGAGAUGUCAAGCCUUCGAACUUGAUGAUCACGUCGUCCGGAAAGGUGAAGCUGAUCGACUUCGGAGCGGCGACGGAUUUGCGUGUGGGCAAGAAUUAUGUUCCGGAGCAGGGAAUGCUGGAUCCCGAUUACUGUCCUCCGGAGCUCUACGUUCUUCCCCAGAAAACCCCCAAGCCGCCCCCAGCACCUGUGGCAGCGGUCCUCUCGCCGUUCAUCUGGCAAUUGAACAAGCCAGAUCUUUUUGACAUGUACUCCGUGGGAAUCAUUCUGCUGCAAAUGACCAUGCAGAAUCUGAGGACCGCCAUCGGUUUGAAGAUCUUCAAAGAGGAGAUUGCGAAAUUCGGCUAUGAUAUGAAGAAAUGGAGGGACGGUACGAAGAUGAGGAUGAAUUUUGAAGUUUUGGACCUGGAUGGUGGCCAGGGUUGGGACCUUGCCACGAAGCUCAUAUGCCCCAGAGGUGAUUUCGGUCAGCAAAGACUAUCAGCUAGUGCUGCCUUGAGGCACCCCUUCUUUCGGGGAAUUUAAUUCUUUGUAUUAUAGCAUGUUCAAAUACUUAGUCGUCUGGAUUCGACUCAUACAAACAGUAUGAACUACAUCGUCAGCAACUACUAGGCUGAUUAUGUUUGUAACAUUUUCAACUCCGAGGAAAAGACAUUUCGCUUU